AUGGAGAAGAGUUCAAGAGCUGUAGCUCUAAUGCUAGUCUUGGUGGUGGUGGCGGCAGCGGCAGUGAUACCCGUGCAUGCGGGGAUGAGCCCAGCUGCAUGCAAGGCCGAGCGGCGGGUAGGUAUCAAUGCAUGCAAGGCAGUGCUAUAUGGGCAGCUGCCGAGCCCGCAGUGCUGCGAGCGGGUGCGAGUGAGCCAUGUCGAGUGUGUGUGCCCCCUCGUCACUCCCAAACUGGCUGCUCUCGUCGACGUCGACCGUGCCAUCAGGCUCAUCGAAGGGUGCGGCCGGCGGGUGCCGCACCACUUCAAGUGUGGCAGUCUCACUACUCCUUGA